AAGGCUCCCGUGCUUGAUGCGGGAGAUCUUUCUGUCGAAACACCGGGAUUUGGUGGACAGGGAGGCGGAGAUGGCAAAGGUGCCAGUGGGAGACAACAUGGGCGGGGUGGCGGUCGUGGCCGCAGCAGCGGACGUGGCCGGGGUGCACCGAAACACGCAACCUCGCGGGACGUUGGUACUGUAAACCCGAUCCCGGACCCCGAUGAAGAGUGCCCGCUGGAUUUCCAACCUGACUAUCAUCAUGGGUCCGGAGGUGGGGGGUGCAACAGACCACAAGGUAGUUCCAGUCAGCCUAAGCCAAAGCAACGCGCAACGGUCAUUGCUAACAAUCCGGCCGUUGAAGUUCCUGCGACCCGCCAUCGCAAGAAGGCGGUGACUUGGGGAGAGCCGAUGACCGUCGCUCAACGCCAGGCUGAGCAGUACAUGCGAAAUGAGGAGCUCGAAUUGCUCAACAGCGGCAGAAGUCGGAAACGAGCUGGAGGUGCUGAGCCUACCGCUGAUCCGAAGCGUAAAAAGAGGUAGUGUUAUAGAUAUUAUCACAUAGCUUCGGAGGCACUUGGUUUCGAUGCAAUGAUUG